AAUAGCGAUUCUUUUCGCAACGAUGCUGUCAUUUUGGAGAAAACUCAAUGGUAAAUUACAGCAGCGAUGGAUAAUGGCAGUGAUGGCAUGCUUGGCCUUAACGAACGCUUACACAAUGAGAAUAAGCCUGUCACUGGCGAUAACGGAAAUGGUCGCAAGCAAGGAAUCGUCAUCGAACGAUACAAGUUCAGACGAUACUUGUUCAUCGAUUGCAGAUUCCACCUCUUCGAGCACCAGCAACGGUGGCACUUACGAAUGGGAUGAAUAUACGCAGGGAGUGAUCCUGUCGAGUUUCUUUUGGGGCUACAUAGUGACCCAAAUACCGGGAGGAAUCCUGGCGGACAAAUUCGGCGGCAAGUACACCCUGGGUCUUGGAAUCCUGUCGACAGCGAUAUUCACCCUUCUGACACCAGUGGUGGUCGAGACAUUCGACUCGACGGGUCUGAUAGUCUUGCGAGUCCUGAUGGGACUCGGCGAAGGAACGACAUUCCCAGCCCUGAACGCGCUCAUAGCCCAAUGGUCACCGCCGCAGGAAAGGUCGAAGAUCGGGACGCUCGUGAUAACGGGAACGCAGGUUGGAACCAUACUCGGAAACGCGGUUUCCGGUGUGCUGAUAGAGUACUCAUCGAUCGGGUGGCCAGUCGUCUUCUACGUCUUCGGGGGCCUCAGCGUUCUGUGGUUCGUGGUCUGGACGCUGCUCUGCUUCAGCGGUCCGGACACGCAUCCGUUCAUAAGUGACGCCGAACGGAAGUACAUCUUGGACUCGAUGAACGAGCAAACGCGAAAGCACACUGGGCCCAUUCCGUGGCGCCACAUGGCCACCUCUGCUCCGCUGUGGGCCCUCCUAGUCGGUAAGUUCGGGCACGACUGGGGCUUCUUCACGAUGGUUACCGACCUCCCACUCUACAUGAGUAACGUCCUGAAGUUCUCCAUAUCCUCCAACGGUUUCCUGACCGCUUUGCCAUACGUGGCGAUGUGGAUCCUGAGCAAUUUGUCCUCCGUCCUUGCCGACUGGCUUAUAAAACGUGGAAAGAUGUCGACCACCAACGUCCGCAAGGCUUUCACCACAGCCGGCUCCGUCGGACCAGCGAUUUUCCUCGUAGCGGCGUCAUACGCCGGAUGCGACCGCGUCCUCGUCGUCACUCUUUUCGUCAUUGGAAUGGGACUGAUGGGACCAUUCUACCCAGGCCUUAUGGUCAACGGUGUUGACCUCAGUCCCAACUUCUCCGGGACCAUGAUGGCCAUGAUGACUGCGGUUGGUGCCGUCGACGGAAUGCUGGCGCCAUACUUGAUUGGCAUACUCACUCCAAAUCAGACGAUCGCCGAGUGGAGAACCGUAUUCUGGAUCACCUUCGUCGUGCUGUUGGUCGCCAACCUCGUCGUACUGUUCUGGGUAGACGGUGAGGUCCAGUACUGGAAUGACCUCGAAAACCAUAGCCAAGAUCGCAAGGACUUUGAUCACGAAUCGACUCCCAGUGAACGAAACGUGAGUCUGGAGAGCAAGGCUGCUCAAAAUCAUUUCGAGGUGAAAUGA